AUGUUUGGAGGUGUUGUGACUGUUCCUAGCAACAGUCCACAUCUGCGGAAAUCUGGGAGCAGACCUGUCGUCUCUGAUCUUGAUACAAGUGACCUGGGAAGUAGUGUCGAAGAAAAUUUUUUGCAUUCAAUAGAGUCAAAUGAAAUGAAGGGUAUAAGCACGCCAUUGAGCAGUGCUGCGAUAAUGCCAUCUCCAAUUCUUCUUUGGAGAUUUAAGAUUGGAUGGGACUCCGUGAUGAGAAUGAGUGUGGACAAGCGAGAUCUAUUUCUAUAUGAGGCUUUUUUGUAUUAUAAUCCUCUUCUUCUUGUGACUUUGAUGGUUUGGCUUUGGGGUGUAAAUUUAUGGGUCUUUGCCCAGGGUAACAUCAAUUAUGCAAAAAUUUUUGACCUUGAUCAAAAUCAUCUUAUCUGCAGAGAAAUAUGGAAGUGUGCCACCUGGAUGACAAUCGUUGUUCCAACUAGCAUGACAGCCUAUCUUUAUCUUUAUUCUCACGGAGAAGUUUCAUUGGCUGCUUCCCAACCAGUGCUUUUAUAUGCUGCUGUUGCAAUGGUUCUGAUAUUCCCCUUUGAUAUUUUCUAUUUGUCAUCUCGCUUCUUUUUGUUGAGGACUCUUUGGCGGAUUGUAUUCCCAUUACAGGCAAUUACAUUUGCCGACUUUUUCUUGGCUGAUAUAUUAACCUCUAUGUCAAAGGUAUUUUCUGAUUUGGAGCGCUCGGUUUGUCGCAUGGUUCAUCGUCAGGUUGCCACUAUUGCAUGGUUUGAGGCUGAUUCUGUUUGUGGCAGUCAUGCUAUUGCCAUCCCUAUUGUUCUUGUUUUGCCUUAUAUCUUUCGUCUCUUUCAAUGUCUUCGGCAAUACAAGGAUACUGGGGAGAAAAAUACGCUGCUGAAUGCUUUAAAAUAUUCGACUGCAGUACCGGUGAUUUUUCUUUCAGCCCUUAAGUAUCAUGUCUUCCCUGAUAAGUGGACCAACAUGUAUCGUCCUCUAUGGCUUCUGUCAAGUGUUCUGAACUCUUUAUACUCAUUCUACUGGGACGUGACCCGGGAUUGGGACUUGAGCGGCUUCACCCGGAUUUUCAAGUUCAGCAAACCCCAUCUCUUCUCUCACAUGUUAUAUGGAAGGAAAUGGGUUUAUUUUUGGGUAAUAGGAAGCAAUCUGAUCCUGAGGUGCACAUGGACAUACAAGCUGUCGGCCCAUCUCCGCCAUAAUUACAUUACUCUCUUUACAAUUACUGCUUUGGAAAUAUUCCGCCGCUUCCAAUGGGUGUUCUUCCGUGUAGAGAAUGAGUGGAACAAAAUGAACUCCAAGCCGAACAUUCAGCUGGGUGACAUCUCAAAUGAUGAAGAAAAAUUACUCAACUCCAAUGAUCACAAUAUAUAG